CCGCCGCCGCUGCUUUUGCUGCCGCCGCCGCCGCCGCCGCCGCCGUCGCAACGGGCCCGCGGUGGCGAAGUAACUACCCAUGUUUCCUUCUGGAACCCCAGCAACCGCGACGACUUGGGGGAGAGGCGUCCCAUCGCUCUUGGGUCGGCCGGCCUCGCUGCGGAGGCUUAAGGCGUGCCGUGUGGUGCUGCUGGCUGCUCGGGCUGUUCCGAGGGACGGAGAGCGCUUAUCAAGAAACCGGAACCAGGAAAACUGCUGGGAUUUAAUAACACGGGCUGCGCUGCGGGCUGUUGUGUGCCCGGAGGGGAGGCAGGGAAAAGAGAAAACAAGAGGUCGCAGUGAGGCGGCAGAAAAGCUCACCAGGCGGCACUUCUUGGGGACACAGUUGCCUAACCUUCGACCUCCCCAAAGCUGGCCAGGAAAAGGCAAAGGAGGCUGAUGAUUGUUUGAAACUCGUCUUGGAUACUGUGGAUUUAAUAAAAAAAAGCAACUUUCCCUUUUCAUUCUGGAAUUUAUUUUCUUUUCUCGGUACUUUUAAAAACUAUAACGGUACCCGCAGACAAGUAACGCGUGUAGUAUUUUAUCCCAGAUGGCCAAUUCCCUCAAUGGCCGGAACCCAGGUGGCCGAGGAGGAAACCCCCGCAAAGGGCGUAUUCUGGGAUUCAUUGAUGCUAUUCAGGAUGCAGUUGGCCCCCCCAAGCAGGCAGCUGCUGAUCGCAGGACUGUGGAAAAAACUUGGAAAUUAAUGGAUAAAGUGGUCAGACUGUGUCAGAAUCCCAAACUUCAAUUGAAAAAUAGCCCACCUUACAUACUUGACAUUUUACCGGAUACGUACCAACACUUGCGACUUAUUUUGGGCAAGUAUGAUGACAACCAGAAACUUGCACAGCUCAGUGAAAAUGAAUAUUUUAAAAUCUAUAUUGAUAGUCUCAUGAAAAAGUCAAAACGAGCUAUAAGACUUUUUAAGGAGGGAAAAGAAAGAAUGUACGAAGAACAGUCACAGGACAGGCGAAAUCUUACAAAAUUGUCCCUCAUCUUCAGUCAUAUGCUUGCAGAAAUAAAGGCAAUCUUCCCUAAUGCUCAAUUCCAGGGUGACAACUUUCGUAUCACAAAAGCAGAUGCUGCAGAAUUCUGGAAGAAGUUCUUUGGAGAAAAGACCAUAGUGCCUUGGAAAGUAUUCCGACAAUGUCUUCAUGAGGUGCAUCAGAUUAGUUCUGGUCUGGAAGCAAUGGCUUUGAAGUCUACUAUUGAUCUAACAUGCAAUGAUUAUAUUUCAGUUUUUGAAUUUGAUAUCUUCACAAGAUUAUUUCAGCCUUGGGGUUCAAUAUUAAGAAACUGGAACUUCUUAGCUGUGACUCAUCCUGGAUAUAUGGCAUUUCUUACUUAUGAUGAAGUUAAAGCACGGUUACAGAAAUAUAGCACCAAACCAGGAAGCUACAUUUUCAGAUUAAGUUGCACUCGACUUGGGCAGUGGGCUAUUGGUUAUGUCACUGGUGAUGGAAAUAUUUUACAGACCAUACCCCACAAUAAGCCUUUAUUUCAAGCUCUAAUCGAUGGCAGCCGGGAAGGAUUCUAUCUUUAUCCAGAUGGACGAAGUUAUAAUCCUGAUCUGACAGGACUAUGUGAACCUAUUCCACAUGAUCAUAUAAAAGUUACACAGAGGCUCUUCAUUGCAGUCAUUCCUUUUCAGGAACAAUAUGAAUUAUAUUGUGAAAUGGGUUCCACAUUCCAGCUUUGUAAAAUUUGUGCUGAAAAUGACAAAGAUGUGAAGAUUGAACCUUGUGGACAUUUGAUGUGUACAUCUUGCCUGACUGCAUGGCAGGAAUCUGAUGGUCAAGGAUGUCCUUUUUGCCGUUGUGAAAUCAAAGGAACUGAACCCAUAAUCGUAGAUCCCUUUGAUCCCAGAGAUGAAAACAUAAGAUGCUGCAGUAUUUUGGAUAGCUUUGGUAUUCCUAUGCUUGAUUUCGAUGAUGAUGAUGACAGAGAAGAGUGUUUGAUGAUGAAUCGAUUAGCUUCUGUGAGAAAGUGUAAUGAAAGACAGAAUUCCCCAGUGACAUCUCCAGGAUCAUCUCCUCUUGCUCAAAGAAGGAAACCAUUUCCUGAUCCCAUACAAGGAUCCCAUCUUACCCUUCCACCAGUACCUCCUCGAUUGGACCUAAUACAGAAAGGAGUUUCCCGAUCCCCUUGUGCCAGCCCGACAAACUCACCAAAGUCUUCUCCAGGUAUGAUGAGGAAACAAGACAAGCCUCUUCCAGCACCACCACCACCAAUACGAGAUCCACCUCCACCUCCACCAGAAAGGCCUCCACCCAUUCCUCCAGAUAAUAGGUUAAGUAGACAUUUGCAUCAUCCUGAAAGUGUAUCUGCCAGAGAACAACCAAUGCCACUUGAAGCCUGGUGCCCCAGAGAAGUGUGUGGGAAUAAUCAAAUUGUGGGAUGUCGUAUAGUAGGAAAUGAUAAUUGUCCCAAACCUGGACUUACUGCAAGCUCAAAUAUGAAUGGAAGACAUUGUCGUAUGGGUUCUGACCCAUUAUUUCUACGAAAGCACAGAUUCCCUGAAUUACCUUUAGAAGGUACCAAGAUAUUUUCAAAUGGCCAUCUAGGUAAUGAAGAAUAUGAUGUUCCACCUCGUAUUUCACCUCCCCCUCCAGUUGUUUCAGCCAUGCCAAAUAUGAAGUCUUCUGUUGCUGUUAUAAAUUCCUUUUCGGAAAAAUCAAGAGAACAUGUAGAAGAUGAGUACAAGAUUCCUUCAUCCCAUCCUGUUUCUUUGCCUUCACAAUCACUUCAUUGCCAUAAUAUGAAGUCUCAUACUCGUGUAUUUGAGAAUGGUCAGUGCUCUGGAAUAAGUAGUGAAAUGCACAAUACUUCAUCUGAGAUGAAAAAAUUGAAACAACCUGAUAUAGGAGAAGCCUUUGAGUCUACUAUUCCAAUACCUUUGCCGCCUCUGCGACCUCCAUUGAGGGAAAAUUUGAAACAUGCAUCUGUACUCAAUAGAACGUCCUCUGAUUAUGACUUGCUUGUGCAUCCUCCAGGUGAAGAUUUGUCCGACAAUCCACCACCUUCCCUUCCUCCACCUCCACCACCUCCUGCGCGACAUAGCUUCAUUGAGCAAACAAGACCACUUGUUGCAGGAAACAGACCCCUGUCUGGACAUGAAUUAUACCACCCUCCCACUGAUCUUUUUUUUGAUCCUACAAAUGGCUCAGUUCCUUUACCACCUGUUAGAAGAUUAACUGGUGAAAAUAUAAAGGCCCACAGAAUAUCCCAGGAUUAUGACCAACUGCCAUCUUCUUCAGAUGGUUCGCAAGCACCAGCCCGACCUCCAAAACCACUUCCUCGUAGGACUGCUCCAGAAAUACACCAUAGGAAGGCACAUAAUACAUCUAUAGAAAAUGUUGAUGCAAAGAUUGCAAAACUUAUGGGAGAAGGUUAUUCUUUUGAAGAAGUGAAGAGGGCCCUUGAAAUAGCCCAGAAUAAUCUUGAUGUAGCACGGAGCAUUCUAAGAGAAUUUGCUUGCUUUCCUCCAUCAGUUUCUCCACGACUCAAUCUAUAGUAUGGAAAAUCUUGCAGCAAGCCAAUUCUCCAUAUGUGUGUGUGGGUGUAAAUAUGAGAAAUAUUGUACAAUUGUGAGAUGGGAUUCAAGUGAGAUUUUUUUUUUCCUGGAUGUAUCUUCAAAGAAUGAGUUGGAACAAUUUUUCAGAAUAAGAUCAACUGCUCACUUCAAGAUAUAAGUGAAUUAAAUCUGUAUUUUUGCUAGCCAUAUUUUUGAAUCAGGGUUGAACUGACAAAUAAUUUAAAGAAGUUUACUUCCCAUGAACUUUUAAUCUGUGAAAUGCUUUUUUCAUGUUUACAAGAUGGUAAAUGACAAUUUUAAAGCUGAUAGUCCUCCUAUGUUCUUGUUCAUAUUUUCUACUGUGAGGCAUUUCCAGUUGUCUUUAUACUGAUUUGCCCCAUUUACUAAGUCAGUUACUUUUUAUACAUAUAUAAGUGCACUCUCCAUUUUUAUUUUUCAAGGAGCUUUAAAAGCUUUUUGCAUUUCUGCUCAAAUAAAAUGCAAGAAAAAUGAGGCCUUCACUACUGAUUUUAUUUUUCUGAUAGACCAUUGCUAUUUACACAAAGCAAAAAUAAAUAAAUGAAUGUGUAAUA